ACAUCCGUUAAACUUUCAAAUUUGUGGGUAUACGUUGUAGAAGGAAGGUUUUCGAAAACACUCGGCUGCGUUUUAUAGUGUUUAGUGGUGAAUUGCCUCGAGCAUUUGUGAUAAUUCUGAUUGGAUUAAGAUGUCGAACAAGAUGUAUUAUUCAGAUAAAUACUACGAUGAUAAAUACGAAUAUAGGCAUGUAGUACUACCAAAAGAAAUGAUUAAAUUGGUUCCAACUACUCAUCUCCUCUCGGAACAAGAGUGGAGAGCUAUUGGUGUUCAACAAAGUCAAGGAUGGGUUCAUUAUAUGAUUCAUAAGCCAGAACCUCAUAUUUUACUCUUUAAAAGGAAAAUAACAUCUCCACCGCCAGAAAAUUAAUUGUACUGACAGCAAUGUAACAAUUUGUAAAUAAUACUCCAAAUCAUUGUUAAUAUUCAUAAAACAACUCAAUUAUAGCAGCUGAUCAUUCUA